AAUUCGCUGGCGUCCGGCCCAUCGGUGGCCACAGUGAAUUCACUGAACGCCUCAGUGGCUGCGCAUCAAAACUCCUCACCACUGUUGCCCACACCUGCCACCUCCGUGAGUCCCGUUAGCAUUGUCUGCAAGAAGGAACAUAUCAGCGCCGGCUACCCUGGCGGUCCGGUCGGCAAUGACGGCUCUUUGCGUUCCACCUACGACACAUUGAAAGACGGCGGCGGCGACAUCAGCAGCAGCGCCAUACAUCAUCACAGCAUCUAUGGCACUGCGGCAGCGACGAAUCCACGUCUGGUGCAACCCGGUGGCAAUAUAACACCGAUGGAUUCGAGCUCCAGCAUCACAACACCAUCACCGCCCAUCACACCCAUGUCACCACAAUCGGCCGCCGCUGCAGCACAUGCCGCACAAAGUGCACAAUCGGCGCAUCACUCGGCCGCCCAUUCGGCGUACAUGCCCAAUCAUGACUCGUACAAUUUCUGGCAUAAUCAAUAUCAACAAUAUCCCAACAACUAUGCCCAGGCGCCGAGCUACUACUCGCAAAUGGAGUAUUUCAGCAACCAGAAUCAGGUCAACUAUAAUAUGGGCCACACCGGUUACAGCGCCUCAAAUUUCGGCCUCUCACCUAGUCCCUCGUUCACCGGCACCGUUUCGGCGCAGGCCUUCUCGCAGAACAGUCUGGACUACAUGUCGCCACAAGAUAAGUACGUGAACAUGGUGUAGAAUCUGCUGAUGCAAUAUUGCAACAGCAAUAGCAACACCAGUGCUGCCAGCGGCAGUGGCAGUGGCAGCGGCAGCGGUAGUGUGGGGGGUACCGUAGGCAUUGCCGGCAACAUCAGCGCUUCGUUAAUGGGCAGUGGGAGUGGCAGUAGUAAUUGUGGUGGCAGCGGUGCAACUGGUGGUGGCAUACACGGUGAAGGCAUCAAGCAUUUCAGCGGCGGCGGCAAUAACUAUAUUGGCGUAGGUGGGCGUGGCACUUAUGGCCUGCACGAUGGCAACGAAGAUUACGCUAUGAUGCCACACUAUGCUGCUGGUGGCAGCAGCAGCGGUGGCGGUAACAGCAAUGUCAACAGUCGCGCCAACUUGCAACAUCAGUAUGCGACCACACAGCAGUCGCAUCAGCAACACCAACAGCAACAACAACAACUAAACAACCAAUACCAACAACAGUAUCAGCAUCAUCAUCACCAGCAGCCACAUCAGUUGGCCAUCAAGCUGUCGCCAGGCAGCACGCCGCCACCGGCAACAACUCCACUAACAGCUACAACAACAAUGACAAGUGCAGCGCCGCCGCUGCCGCUUUUGCAUUUGCCGUCGGCGUCCGGUGCGGCAGGCGCACACUUGCUGCCGCCGCCAGCACCGCCGUCGCAUUUCUACGAAGCAACGGAUGAGUAUGCGUGAGCUGCAUUGUGUGCGGGCGGAAGUUGGGAACACUCGAGAGACAUAUCCGUUAAUGAAAUUGUUGGAAAACAGUAUGAAAAUGCUCAAUGCGCGGGGUGAGAGCGAUAAAUAGAGCGUAUGAGAGAGUGAGAGGAAGUGAAAGAGAGAGUGUAGAGGGGAAUUACUGCUGUCAGUGUGCAGCUAACAUAAGUAUGUGGUAGAAGAAGAAAGCAAGGAGUGAAGGCAAAAGCAGUUGCAGCCAGUAUCAACGAAAUAAUGAGUGAUAAAUUAGGAACAAAAAUUUCAAAAAUCUCUUUAUAUAUAGUUAAUGUGUGUACGUGUGUGUGUGUUUGUACAGAACUUCAACAAAACGUUUAAACGAAAAAUGUAAUGUAAGUAAAAUACACAAAUAUACCGUCAGGCGCUUGAGUGUUGCCCCCUUUUCUUUACUGAAA